UUUCUGAGACCUCACUAUUUUCCACUGAUCACCUCUUGCCCUGAAUGUUACAUUUGUUGACAUGAAUAACUUUUGCAACUACGGUGGACCCUGUUGACAUAGUCACCAAUGGGUCAAAAAAAUUUGUCUGUAUUAACGGGGUGGCCGUAUUAUUGGGGCAAGCUCAAUUUCAUGACUUGAGGGCCACGUAACGACAAACACACUGUACAGUGCUUUGGCGUUUCUUGAACAACUGUUCUCAUUAAUAAACAAACGGAAUGUAGAUGCAUAUAUCGUGUACAGUAAUUGAAAGAAGCUACUUAAUAUUCUCCUUCAGUACAUAAAACACUUUUAAAAUUUGGCAACAAGUGCACUUUAUGUGCACUGUAGUGUAAAAACAGUCGAACAGGCACAGAGUACUAGGUCACUAAAAUUGACAUGUCACAGGCAUUUUAAUUUUCUAAAUUUUGAACAAGUGACUGUAUUAACGGGGUGAAAUUAUAAGAGAUUCUACUGUUCGGGAUUUUAAAACAUGGCUGUUGGCUGUAUUAACGGGUAACCACAUUAACAGGUUUUUUUUUUUAAGAAAAUGUAUGGCUGUUUUGCAGGGCUAAAAAAAGUGGUCGUAAUAAUGAGGUGACCAUAUUUAAUAAUGAGGUGGCUGUAAGGUGGGGAUUCAGUGUACAAUAACUGAGAAGUUGAAUGACUUAAAAUAAGUUACAUCACUUGUAUUUAAUUUGUAUGUACAGGAAAAAGGAGUCUAUUACAAUAUACCCGACUGAUGUGAUUAUGUUUGAAGGCAUACUCACAAUCUAUUUCAAGGAAUUUCGUGAUAUGCUCAACAUGAAGUUAUUUGUGGAUUCAGACAGCGACACUAGAUUGUCAAGAAGAGGUUAGAUAAUAACUUAAGUGCGUGUACAGUAGUUGACUUUCCCUUGUGUUAAAAGUACAGAUGGGCCUUAAAAUGAAAUGCCAAAAGAGGAUUCCUGCCUUUCUUCAAGCCUUUUCUUUGACUUUAUACAAGACAAUACAUUGUACAAUGUACAUGUAGCCUAUGAAUACAACUGCUUCUCAUCUCUUCCCAUUGCUGGGGACAUUUCAUGAGACAGACCUUUGUAUUUUUGCCCUAAAAGUGAUAGUCUAUAAAUCAUUUGAUAAGUUAUGAAAGCAGAGAAACUCUGAAGGAACGUAAAAUAAAUAAUUAUUCCUUCAGUCCAUAAGUAUAAAUGAACUCAUAACAAGUUACCUGUAGCUCUGAAGUAAAACAACUGAGUACAUUUUAAAGUAACUGUAGUUUAAUAUGGAAAUUGAAGACAUUUCUAAUCUAAACAAUGAUACUUACUGUGAUUAUGGUGAUUAGCUGACCUAAGGGAAAGUUGUAAGAAUUUAAGGCAAGAUUUUUGGUGUGCAGGCAGACAAUGAACAAAAACCAAGAAACAACCAAACUAAUCAGAUAUGGAAAACUAGUAUAAUAAUUAUGAAGACAUGACUAAACCAUAUGAAUGAACUGGCGCAGGUGUUCAAAGUUUGAAUAGUGCUAUCCACCGGAUAAAUCACUAUCCAGCAGAGAAAAUAACUGCUGGGCUACAUUUGUACCCUAUUUGUUCAAGUUUGUUAUUGAUCCUUGCCUGCAAAAUAGCGUAGCUAAUCGAGGCAGGAAGGAAAAGUAAAAGAAAUUAAAAUAACAGGGUUGAAACAUAACAAUAAAGAAAAACAGAUGCACAAACAUCAGCACAUUAACAACAGUGAGUACUUAUUAUUUCACAAAUAGUCUGUAAAUAAAGCAAUUUAUGUAAAUUAAACUGAAAAUUUAAUAUUAUUUUACUUAAUAUUUCAGUCAUGGUAUUUGCUGUAUAUUAAUGAAUUUACAUGAUGUCCAUGUUGUAUUUUAGUUUUACGUGACACUCAGGAACGAGGAAGGGAUCUUGAACAGGUGCUGGCAACAUAUGCCAAUUUUGUUAAACCAGCUUUUGAGGAAUUUUGUCUUCCUGUAAGUGUCCAAUUUUUCUUAUUUAUAAUAUUUUUAGUUGAUAAUAUUAUGUUGAUAAGGGACUGGUCAAAAAGUAUAGGCGGGGGUGGGCCGGAGCAGAGAGGGGGUGGGUCAUGAGGUUUUAAGCCGUGUGCAAGGGGUGGGUCAUGCAAUUUUCAGCUACCCUUAGGGGGUGGGUCACCCUAUUUUAUUACAUAGAUAGGCACUAACUACUAACGAGACAGUUGACUACACUUGUUAUAUAAAACACAGCCAGCUGGAAAUACUCACAAACCUGUUGUGCGAAAAAAUACAAAGCGGGACAGGCCGCACAUCUAUACGGGCGUGGAACCCUCUGUUAACCUUUUUUUGGGGGGCUCUAGCAAGCAUGUCCUUUAAUGAUUUUCCUUUUUUGUAAGGAAAUGAUUGGUGGUUCUUUAAACAUUUAGGGAACGCGUCCAAAUAUCGGUAGGGAACCCGAUCAUGGGAAACGGACCCGAUUAAUUUUCCGAUUGAUCGGAAUCGGUACCGAUCUGUAGGCACCAGUUGCCGUUUCCGAUUACGAUAAAAACUUUGCCGAUUCAAUCGGAGCCGGUUGACAUUCCGAUGUUCAUAUGUGUCAUCGUCAUAUUAUUUUAUCUGAUAUGUAAAAUGAAGCGUGUCACGAAACCAAAUAAUGACAGAGUCGUUUCACUUCAAAGCAAUUUCAAUCGACUGUACCUUUUUCCUACUCCAUAACAAAUAGCAAUAUUGUAUGUUUCUGCAUGUUGUUUUUCGAGUUUGUUGAUUUGAUGCGUGCCUAUACACGUGAUUUUCUGCGUUUUGCAGAGGUAUUUCCUUCAGUCGAUCGCAAACACCACGCUGCUCCAUAACAUUUAUUCUAUGAAAAUUAAAAGGAGUUAAAUAUUACGACGCAAAACACCACUGUUCUUCGUUGAUAUAUAGCAAACAAAACACCAUACUGAGUAGUGUGUUCUUUACUCGAUACUAAUUUCUAACAAUGCAAUCCAAAAACACAACCGGAACUCACUUUCUCGAAACACAGCUGGAUUCAUAGACUUGUUACAAGUAGACCUCAACGGGUUUCCUAGCGAGCGGAGCGAGAGCAAAACCAUGGAUAAUGUAAAACAACGGGAUAAACUUUUACGAAAAUUUGCGUCUUUCAUUCAACGAUCCUAAACGCAAGGUGUAAUGCGAUCUGAGGCAAAAAAUACCGACCAAUUAGAUUGGGGCCUCAGAUUGUCUCCAGGGAAUUGGCAACAGGAACUGAAAGAUUCCCACACUCGCGAGUCACGCACGGAAGACACGAAACGAAGUUUCAUACAGGAGCUACCAAAGAGAGAAUGGCUUAGCGACUUUGCUGUAUGUUCUGUGAGCUUGAGCAUGGUGCCACGUAAAAUUGCUUUCCACUCUCAGCACUUAGAAAAAAUUGCGCUUGACUCUAGGUGACUGACUGUUUGACAAAAAUCAGAACCUAUUUUACCGGAGUGUUCAACUAAAGUAAACUGGCAUACAUCCGGUAAGUUCGACUCAAUUUAAUAGCGGAAAGACAAUCGAGAAAGAGAAAACCAGUUGAACGCCUCCAUCAGUCACUUUUUUGAGUUCAUAUGCAACCAAUAAACAACUUGCAGCUUGAUUCUCAGACGAUGUCCUCUUCUCUCCUGUGGCAAUUUAGCAGUUAAAGUACACAACAUGGUAACAACAUUUGCAUUUUGGUCGUGGAUGUUCUGACUUCUAUUUUUUUCGUUUACCGUCCUAAACUGUUUAUUCCUCCAAAGAUUCCUAUAAUCAUGCGUUUUGGCUUCCGGUUAGCAAAGGCUCAAGCUAUUUUAAAAUUAUCAUUUUUUAAAAUUAUCAUCAUCGUACACUUGCAAUGUACAUUGCGCCGUCUUUCACUCAAAAGAUGCCUGUUGUUUCUUCUCGUGCCCAUUUUGAUACACAAAUUUAAUAUUUUCUGUUCAUACUCUGUCAUAGGAAAUACAAACAAAUGUUCGAAACCGUGACGUUAAAUUUCGGUUCAAACAAGACACAUUUAUAAGAAAGAUAAGGUUAUAAAAAACAACAUUCACACUUUUGCUUUUGCUUUUGUGACGGGUUAUUUGAGCUGCCAGAUAUUUUUGAUGACCUUUGUUAAUUGGCCCGAUAAAGACUUGAGACCCGUUGCCGAUUCCCUUUCAUUCGGUGUCCGACCUUCAACGGAAUCGGAAAAAAUCGGUGCCCAAUUGAUCGGCAUCGGUAUGACCCGAUGCCGAUAUUUGGACGCGUUCCCUUAUUGAAGUUAUAAUUGGUUUUGUAUAAGAUUCCAUUUUUUCAUUCAAGCUUCCGUUAUAGUAGACACGGAGGGCUGGUAUUGUGUCACGAAUGGCAAUAUUUCUUUUUCCUCCCUGUUGUUUUGUUUUAGGAGUUUAGACUCCCUUUUGUGAAUUUUAUUUCUGAUAGUACGUUUUCUAUCAAAGAUUGUGGGUAACCUCCGUCCAUCAAGCGUUUUUUUUAAAAUUUGAAUUAUUUUCGUAAAAGGUUGUUUGUAAGGGGUUUUUGUAGGAUUCUCAAGGCUUCUCCUUUGACAAAUCCUUUUUUAACAUUUGGAGGGUGACAUGAGGUGAAAUGUGUGUUCAAGAAGGUUUCUGUUUGUUUAAAAUGUGUCUUUGCAUCAAGGAUAGAUUUUGCCUUGAAUCUUGUGCCUUUGUAUACAACUGUGUCUAAAAACGCAGUCUCAGUGUCAAAAUGUUUCGGCCUUGAAUUCAAUAGUUGGGUGAUGUAAGUUUCCUUGUUCAAUGAAGGCUUCGAUGUCUGGUUUACUCAUGUCCCAUAGGGAAAAGAUAUCGUGUAUGUAGCUGUUGUUCUAAAGACCGUUUUUCUUAGAGUUGUGGUUUCAAUAUAUGUCAUGAAAAUAUUGGCAAAGGAAUCAAAACUGCUGUCUUUGUGCCCAUUGCAGUUCCAUGGUUUUGUAGGCAGUGCUUUCCAAUGAAGGGGAAGAAAUUUUCUGUGAGGAUUAGUCUGAGCAUUUCUGGCAAGUAAUGUGUAGGAAUGGGUUGUCUUUGUAGAAAUUUUCAUAUGCUUUGUAACAGACAAUUUAAAUAUACCCUCGUUUUGCUGUAUAUUUGUGUCAAGACUCAUAACGUCCGUUGAAACAAGAAAUGUUCAGUUUUUCACAUUCGUCUUUUCAGUGAAAGGUAUGAUUUCUGUGAUUUUUAUAUUGGUUGUAGCAGUGUAUCAAAAAAUUUUGUCAAGCACAGAACAAGGUUUUAUUGGAUUAUUGAGAGGAAACCAAACAUCCAUGUUUUAACUAGGGGGUGGGUCAUGCAAUUUCCAACCUUGCUUUAGGGGUGGGUCGGUCAUUUUUGUGCCAAAGGGAGGGGGUGGGCUAUGUGUUUUUUAUCGACCACAUUUCCAAAUGCUCCGGCCCACCCCGCCCCCUAUACUUUUUGACCAGUCCCUAAGUUUAAUUUUUUGUAAAUAUGCAGCGUCUUUUUUUCUUUUUUACAUUAUUAACUAAACAUGUUUUAUUUAUGUAUAAUAAUUUAUGUAAAAGUGAAAUUUGCUACUUCUGAUUUAGUUAGUUAUUUAUUUAAUCCAUGUAAUUUUUUUCUUCCAAUUUAUUCCUUGUACAUAUGUAUUUUUUUUUUCUUCUUUGUGCUUUACUUGCAAUGAAUUAUUAUAUAAUAUAUAAUAAUUCAUUGCAAGUAAAGCAAUAUAUUAUUUUUUAUAUAUUAUAUAUAAAAAACGUUUUCUUUGGAACAUUUUAAUGUUGCAUUUGUUUGCCUGAAUUAUGGACCAGUCAAUGUAAACCCCCACACCACGGGACAUAUCAAGGCAUUUAUGGGAAAUUUUCCCUUAUUUGACUAGCGAAAGGGCCUUAGGUAUCGGGGACUUUGACGCCCUUUGCACGCCAUCCAAGAACAGCGGGGGAAUUGACCAUGGUAUUUUCCACCAAGGUGGACUGGGCCAAGAGUCACUAAUCUGGCAAGAUGGUGGCUAUGGAGUAGUGUGUUUGUUCAAGUUUUGAUGUACAUUUUAAAACUGCAUUUGCUAACAUUUUACCCUCUUCUACUUUGGGGGAGCAAUUAAGGGUGGCACAGUGGUGAGAUUACCAGUGUUACCUGGGUUCGAACUUUUGGGAUUAAAAAAUGUGAUGGAGAGAUCUAGAGGAAUCAUAAAAUUCUCACUUUCGUAAUAAUUGCAUUAAAUUGCACCAGUGUGACCCAGGUUUGAAUCCUGGCGUCAACUCCAUAUGUGGGUUGAGUUUGUUGUUGGUUCUCUCCCUUGCUCCAAGAGGUUGUUCUCCUGGUAUUCCGGUUUUCCCCUCUCCUUAAAAACCAACACUUCCAAAUUCCAAUUCAAUCUGGAACUCACAGAUACAAAUUUUAUAAUGCUGCUUAGAAUUCAUUUCUAGAGUUCUAAAAGUACUCGGGAUCACCUACAUGUGCAUGAAAGAAAUGUUUUCAAUGUAUUUAGUCAUUGGUUGCCCCUGACAUAGACACCACAAAUAUUUUACCAUAAUGUUAAUAUGUGGCAAUGUGUGUUUACUUGACAAAUAAAGUUUAAAUCAUUUACAUUAACCUGUGUCUUUGACUUUUUUUCAACAAGAGCAGGGGAUGUGAGUAGGGUCAUUAGCUUCAAUUAGAGGAAAAAGAUGACCCUGAGGUGUGGGGCAUUUUACAACUUUUGCAGUAAGCGCUUAUCAAAAUAAUUAAUGCCCCGCUGUGUCCUGGCGGGUGGGGUGCUGGGGUUUAUAUUGACUGGUGCAUUACUUUGGAAAAAAUUUUACUUUAUUAUUCAGUGGUAUAGCAGGUCACCUAUUUUUGGAAGACAUGCCAUGAAUUAAUGAAAUUUUGUUGUACAUCUAUGAGGACCCCAGUACAUUUUUGGGAUGGCAUUUAACCUAUUUAAAAUGCCAGGAUUCAGGAAAUUAGGACCGGAAUCUUAAAAAAGAGUGGGAUACAGAAUAAUGUCACUUUUGAUAAAAGUGGGACUCUGAAACAGACUUUUAAGAAAACUGAAAUCCUGUUAGAACACUGAGCUGCAUUUUCUUAAAUAUUUCAAGACCAAAAUCCUGUUAUUUCAAAUUAGCAAAGGCUACCCACAUUUUUCUUUACAUUGUCAAGCCAUCACAUUGUGACUAUAUAUGUACAGUUGAACUUCUCCACAAUGGCCACCUUGGGGACCGAAAAAAGUGGCCAUUGUAGAGAGGUUUGAACAAAAAGAGUCAAUAUAUGGACUGUCCACCAAAACGGUGGCCUUUGUGGAGAGAUAGCCUUUCUGUAGAGGUAGCUGUUAGUGGAGGUUCAACUGUAUCACUUUGCCUAUCUAGUGGUCUAUUAUUAAUGCUGCAUUCUGAUUGGUUGAGCUACUACUAGGCUAUAUGUUAUAGCCCACUAGUAGCGAAAAGAGCCGGCUUUUUGGUGACAAAAAAGGAUUAAAGUCUAGCUUUAACUAGCUAAAGGUGUUUUGUCUCGAUAUUUUUGAGCAACUAGUUGGAUUUCACUAAGAUUUCCUCUCGCCCUCAGCCUUCAGCCUCAUGGGCUAUUGACUCAGAGCCCAUUGGGGUUCGAGGAAUAAUUGUUAAAUAGACCCUUGUAGAUGAGGAAAUCCAGACCCUUGUAAGGCUUCUUUGAAAACCAUGUUUUCUGGGCCGUGAUUAGCUGAUAAUACUGUCUGAGUAAUGGGAUUGAGCAAAUCUGUUGGUCGGGAUGGCAGAUACAAUAUAAGGAACCUCACCCAUGGGUAUGAAACAUUUAUCUUUGGCAUGGAAGUUUAGUAGCAUGAGCUCACAAAUAUAUACCCACCUGACUAUAAUGCCGAUUUUGCAGACAAAAAAGUAUGCUGAUGUGAUAAUACCAAGAGGAUCAGAUAACACAGGUAGAGAAUAUAAAAAUGUAACUUGUAUUGCUAGAGACAGUAAGACCUGACCAAAACCUGGUAUCCACCACUGUGAGUUACUAAAUGACAAUAGUUCAUAAUAAGAAUGUCUGAGAAUAAAGAAAAUAGUAAAAAUAGAAAAGAAUGUCUGAGAAUGAAGAAUGGGAGGCUAGGUCAGGUCCUUGACCUUUUUCAAGUUUUACCAUCCUAAACAUGGCAGAUGAGAUGAAGAGCAGCUGUAUGGAAGACUAUGGCUGGGCCUCUUAAUAUUAAGAGAUGUAUUUUAUUUAUCUGUCAUGUAUAAGUCAACGUUUUUCCAACCAAAAAGUCUAUCCAAAAUGCCAUCUUCCUGUUCUACACAGGCCACAAGCUCUUGUGGGCUGAUUGAAAACAGUCUUAUAAAUCCUACAUACAUUGUGCAAAAAUUAGCCUAUGAUGACAAGCAAUGAAGGCCAAAAAAAUUCAACUGCAUGUAGUUCCUUGAUGUUGGUCUUCUUGUGUCGUUGAUCUACGUGUAUAUCUACGUGGAAUCCACUGCCGGACUUUUUUCGUACCAGUUUUUUUGCAGACUUUACGACCAAAAUACAGGAUGUUACCUUCAUGUAGAUUCUUUUUGCCUGACAUACUUAAACUUAAAAUUGUGAAUUGUAAAUAAUAUAUAUAUAUAUAUAUAUUUUUAUGUGCUUAUUAUUAUUAAUAUUAUUUUAUUAUUAUUUCUUGUAAUGCAUUUAAUGUCUAUAUAUAUAUAUAUAUAUAUAUAUUUCUAUACUAUUUUCAUGUAGUUUCAGCUCGAAGAUAUUAGCUUGUUAGCUACUCUAAAAUUCGAGUAUAAAUAAAGUUUUAUGUUAUAUUAUGUUAUAUCAAUUUUCCUAGGCAUUUCUUUCCAGAAUUGACAAAAAUCUCAUGUGGAGCUUCAAAAAAGGAAUGUUAUCUUAUACAUAGGCUUGAUCUUCAAUCACGAGUGAAUACACUAAGGUUUAUAGGCAGUCACUGCUUCAGAUUUCAUAUGUCCUCUUUGUUUUUAGUGGCCAUAGGGCUUAUUGUGCAGCACAUCAAAGACAUUCUGAAUGGAAAUAAGAGCAGUGAAAUUGAUGGAGUACAUGAUCCAGGACGACGUCAAAGACACCACUCUGACUCAAGUAUGGUUUCUUCCAGACCACAUUGAUGAUUUGAUUUUCGUGACAAACAUGUACAAUGUAGAUUAACUUUAAUCAAUUCCUGAAAAAUAAUUAUUCAUAUCUGCUAACCCAGCUUUGCAAUUUUGAAUUUCUUUCUUCUUUGGAUUUCUGAAUAAUUAACAAUAAUAAUUAUAACUGAAGUAGUUAACCUAUUAAAAGUUUAAACAAUCUGAAAACUCGGUAGCCAAUAUUAAUUUGUAACUACUUUGAUGUUAUCAUCAAGCAACCUCAGGGUACCCGGGAUUUAAGUUAAGCUGUGACUAAUUCAUGUCAUGUAAAGUACUGUCACAUAGCUAAUUAAAAAAUAAUAUGCUAAUGAUGAUCUUGUAUUGUAACAUUAAAGAGCAGCUCCUAGUUAACAAAAUGUAAUUGCAGCUUUUAAUUGAAUAAUUGCUUGUCAUGAUAAAAUUAAGGUACUGCCGGUUGUUAAUUUGUUGCAAAAAGAAAAAGAAACACUCGCAAGUUUCAAACUGAUAAGCAGUGCAGCUGGUCAUGGGGCACCCAACGACGGUUUCCUGCUAAAAUAUGCAUUGAAAACACUUUUUCUAGAAAUGCAUUCUAAGUAGCACUAAGAAAUUUAUAUCUGUUCGGUCAUCCUUGGGCAACUGGAGUCGUUUCGAAAUUACAAGGGCUUCAGUAUUUUUUUCCCGAAAAUUUUAGACGCAUUUUAAAGUAUUACGAAAGUAAGAAUUUUUUGGAUUGGUCUCUCCCUCGCAUUUUCCAAUCCGAAAAUUUUAGGUUUUCUUUUUUCUCCGAAAAAUAACUUAACCUGAGGAGUAAAAUGCGAAAAAUUAAACUUGAGAAAAUCGUAGAGAAUUUGUGAGGUACCGUUCCAUUCGUGUACAAGUUUCGAAGCUUCAUCUUGAAAUUUUCAGCCUUCCUCAAGCUAUAGAAAAAUCUAGGCAAUUUUUGCUUCUCCGAACAGAUAUUUUACAGAAAAAAACAGUCGUUGGGUGCCCCUGACUGGUUCUCAUGUAAAGAACGGACAAUUAAAUGGCCUCAAGGCCCUGUUUACUUGGAGGAAAGUUGCCUCGGGUAGCAAGAGUGACCAACAUCAAUUUUCUCCCAACAAUAUCAGUAGAUCAUCAAGAGUAAAGGUCAUGAGAAUUACUGAAUUGAUUACCAGUGGGAGAAUACUUUGAUCUUAAACCAAUUUCUCUCAACUAUUCUUAAAAGAAAUAUAUGGAGAUCAUUUUAGAGAGUUUAUAUGUGGAUAUUGGGGCUUAAAGGGUUAAGCGAGCUAUCAUGGGCGAGUCAACUUUUAAUGCAUGUCUUUACAAAACGCGGCGAACUGUUUACAUGAGAAACAAAACGCCUGCUCGGUUAGAAGAGCUAUUCGCCUAGCCAGUUCACCUUUUCGUGAUAGUUGGGUCAUCUUCCUCGCGGGCCAACUUUUCUCCAUAUAGAGUGAUUUUACUUGAACCGUGAAACAGAUACUAACAAAUAGCAAGAGGUCAACAAAAGAAGGCAAUGGAAUUGGUGCAUAAUAGUGCGUAGUUUUCUACUACCUAUUUCACGGGUUAAGUAAAAUCACUCUAAACACUUUGUCUUGCCAAGCCUGGUCAACUCAUUCAAAGCCGGACAAUCAGAGCAUGCGUGUGCGGUUUUGGUUCAGACAAAUGGAUUCACCUUUUUUCUCAUACAAACGCUUGCUAAGUUGACUCGGGGCCUUAGUCUGUCGCUCUAGUCAGCCAGAUUAAAUGAAAACGAAGCAAAUGCUCGAUUGAUUCCUUUUAUUUGGCAUCAAACAGACAACAGAUGAAGUUAUUAAUGUUCAUUUUCUUUAAUUUGUUUGGUUUUAAUGUUCAAAAUAGCAAUGAGCUUUUUGCGUAUGCCCAGGCCUUCUUUAGAGGUCAGUUAUAAGCCCUCUUCACUGUAGGCAAUCUCUCUUAGAAAUUCAGUUUGGAACAAUGUUGGUCACCAAAUAUAAAACACCAUUUAUAACAGUUUUGUAUUAAACUGCAGCUUUUGGAGCGUUUAGGCUGCGAUAGAGUUUAUUGUUUACAGUCUCGCUACCAGACCAUCUUGCCAGAAAGGAAAUGGCCACCAAGAAGUCGACUCGCCGCUAACUUGUUCGCAGAUUUGUCUGUUUUGACGAGGAGCCCACGUUUCGUAGCAGCUAUUAUUAUGCUUGGUAAGUGUGUCAAUUAUUUAAGAGUUGUUAGUUGGUGGCGAGUUGACUUCUUGGUGGCGAUUUGUUUUGAGGCGAAAUGGUCUGGUGGCGAGGUGACCGGAUUCCGGUUUAUUUAACUGCAUUACCUCAGGUAUUGGAUAUGUGGUCAGGCAGGCCUGAUGCAUUUGUACAUGAUUAAUACUUUUCAAAGUUACAUAUUAUUUUAGAGCGUUUUAAUCAGUCAUUCUAUAGGUGUGUCAACAAAAAUUUUUAAAUAUCGUAUUUAUGACAGUUAAAAAUCCAUAGUAGUUCGGGCAUUUACUAAUUUAUGUUCAACGUAGUGACUGGAAGUAUCAUUGCGAGAUAUUGAUGUGUGACUUUGCCUAUAUUGAAGGCAAACUAAACUGAAUUGUGAAAUCGGUAUAAUUAUUUGCAGAUGUGAAUAUAUAGUGUGCAAAAUGAAAAGUUUGAAGCAAUUUCAUAUUAUUUUAAAGAAAUAGGGAAUUUUGUCCUUUUUCGUUGUGGUUGUUGUACGUUCGUGUUAUCAAUAUUAGGGAGUUUAAGAUACGGCGACUACGGACUACGACUACGGAUAAACAUGCUACUACGCAUGAUCAAAACCACGUGACUGUUAGUUUUCCCCGCGUAGUCCUGCGGCUACGGUGAGUUGUUGAGCUGUUUCGCGUAGUCGCGACUACGGAGAACAUUUUGCUCGUAUUUUGCCGUCUCGCUACUUCAAGAAUCUCGUCUUUUCGUAAAAAUGUUUUUAAUUCACCUGCUUUAAAUCGGGAAGCAAAAUAUGUAAGUUGCGUCUAAUUUCUGCUCAGAACGCUUUUUCCACUGUUGUGACAUCAUUUUUAUCUAGCUAAGCCCAUAUUUGAAAAGGUUAGCUGUUUAUACGCAGAAUUCCGAUUGACGGCCGAGGAGAAGAGAAAUCAUUUAGGUAAUUUAAGUUUCUCUUAGCACUUGAAAAGAUUCAAUGUUUGUUCGAACUGAUGAUUGUGUCUUUCACUUGAACCUUUUUUAUGCGAGUUUUUGUAUCGCAUGUGCUGAAUGAAAAUGAGGUAAACAUCUUGGAGACAAUCGAAACUCGGCAUUUCAAAGACUAAAUCAGAUCAGUUUUCGGAGAAGUCCAUAUUCUAAAUCUAAUAAAUGAAUUACUAUUUUGUCUAUUUCUUUAAAUUUGACAUAAUCAUUGUUAAAACCUGAUAACCAAAACUUUGUUUACAAUUUCACCCGGCUUCCUUCAAGUAUGGAAGAAUUUUUCAGUGUCUAAAGAUACGAACAUGCAAAACUGACUUGCAUUUUUGUGAACUGUCAAAAACAGAAAAUCUUUGCGUGUUGUUUCCCUCUCCGCCCCUUCUCUCGUAGUCUACUGUCUGUAGUGCAAUCUUAACGUUCUAUAUUUGCACGACUCAACCCAGUGCUACGAACAAAGAACAACGCUCGUCCAGCCGUAGUUCGUAGUCCGUAGUCGCCGUAUCUUAAACUCCCUAUUGUUGACCAUGGUGUUGACAAGCUAAAACAGUAAAUCGGGAGCAAGUAGAACUUUUUAAAAAGCUGUUUCAAAAUACCAUCAAAUGGUAUUACCAGUUUUGAAUUUUGCUUACCAUUUGCCAAGACCAUGAUCCGACCGGUUUGCCGACGUAAAUGGCAGACAGCAAACACUUCUCACAGCUUUUUUGAUUUUAAUAGUUUUUCCUUCAUUGCAUGAUCAUAAUUAUCAGCAUGUCUGUUCUUUUCCAGGAUUUUGUGUUCUAAGAGAUGACAAUCGUUCAGUGUGAUACACGUUUUGUUACUUGUAUGUCGCGUUGUGUCAGGCAUGUUGUAAAUAUCAUUCUACUUAAUACAUUUAUUAAUUUAUUGCAAUACUUAUUGUUUGUACACGUUUGUUACUGCGAUGUAAUGUAGCAUUGAGCAAAAUAAAGGUUGUAUUGUUUUUCGUAACAGUUUUAAUAUGGUAGUUCAUUUGCUGCCCCGCAUUUUGGCCCUUUCUCAACCUCGCUUAUUAUUCAUUAAAAAUAUUUGCCCGAUUCUGAUUGGCUAAAAGCACACGCAUAAUUCACCAUAACCAGUUUCUGAUGACCAAAUUUGGAAGAAUUUUGUGUUUAACGAGGAAAUGACGUCAAAAAUGCAGCGUUCGUGCAGGUUAAGGCACCGUUAACCGGGAAGACCUGGGGACGAGGUUGAGUUGUUUUGGUUGUGAAAACAAAGAAUGGCUGACAAUUCACUCGUUUCAAGAGUAAGAACUAGGCGAAAAAAUAGCCAAAAACAUGGCAAGAACCGCAAGAAGACAAUUCGAAGGGCGACAUCUGCUAUUUGGAGAAUAUUUGCGGAGCUGGACAAACCUAAACGUACACUAUCGAAGAUGAACUUAACAUCGAUGGAUCGAUGGAGGUAAGUAUGUGUUAGCAAUGUUUUUAAACCUGGAAUUAAUUUGAGUGAAUAAUAAAACAAUUAUUGAAUUCGGCUUUCGUAUCAUAUGAAGAAUUAUGGAGAUCUCGGAGGGUGUUACCCGCCUCGGCCUACGGCCUCCACGGAUAACACCCUCCUCGAUCUCCAUAAUUCUUCAGGAGCCUCAUUCAUAUAAUUAUUAGUUUCAUAAGGUUCGCCCUUGACUUGAGAGUAAGUACUUACUUAGCAAGUACUUUGUUCUUUCUUUAAGCGACAUCUGCAAAAUUAAGACAGAGGUUUCAACGUAAUGAAUAUAAAAAAAAUGCACAUUUUUUAGAUAUUACUUAGAGAAGCUUACACAACUUGAAAAAGUUAGCCUAACUUUCUCAAGUGAUCUCUGGCUGAGAAACGAUGAACUGACCGCUGACAUACACAUUUUGCUAAUUACAGACCCUUCUAUCGGGUUAAUUAAUAGUUGCGGGGUAAAGGACUACAAGGAAGUCCUACAAUCACGAGUUCUUUGUUUCUCGAGUGCAUGGCCAGUUUACGGUCGUACGAAAAUAAUUCAAUUGAAACUGUUUGCGCGCGCCACAAAAUAUGCGAAACUUAGCGCAAUUAGAAUGACGCACUGAGAGUGUUACGAUUUGAAUUAUGGUGAUACUGUGGGCCAUUUUUGAUACAAAAGACAUCAUCCUGACAAACAAACAUUGAUAUUGUGACGUCUAAAUAGUAACAGGACAUCCAAGAAACCACGGGAAAUCCAAAUUGUAGUGGGCUGCCAGGGGCUCCGCUCGCAGCAAUCAUCUUUUGCUUCAUCCUUGUGACGUCAUGAGUUAAAAACGGAUGAUGAUGAUUCUAAUAAAGAAAAUUGAGAUGCCAAAUUAAAUUCUAAAUUGUUCAUUAUGAGUGUUACGUAACGUAAAGUCAAUUAUAACGCCUCCAAACGUCGCUCGCUAGUGGCAAGACAGUUUGCAUGAUCUGAUCAAUUAUAUAAGUAAGUCUGGUCUUUCUUGGGUCUGUACAGGCAAGCAAGAGAAACUUCAAUCUUUAGAAAAACAGAGUUAACGUCUGUAUAUUUAACAACUGCCUGUUUCAAGACUGUUAGGUUUAACCUUAAUAAUGUCACGAUCCUCAAAAGACUUGACGAAAAAUGUAAGUAAUUCAAGCUCAAGUUCAGGAUUGACGGGAAGGAGAUCGUCACAUUUAAAAACACUGACAAGGAAGAAUAAAACGUCCAAUAGAAGCGGAGCCAUAAAUCGUUCCUCCAGCAGUAGUGAAGAAAGCACCAGAACUUCUUCCAGCAAAAACGGUAGGCUAUAUCAAGAUAUAUGUUUUCAUGUUUAAAGCCGUUAUGAAGAGACAGAUGAUUCGCCUUUGUAAGUACUCAUGUCUAGAAAUAUCACUAUUUGCGCCCAUGUUGAAAAUAGUCUCCUCACUCGCUGAGUUAUAAUUGUAUUUAUAUAACUCUUAAUACAUUUAUGUAUUUUCUAUUUUUAUGCGCUCAAGUAUCACACAUAUGCUAGAUCUAAGAUUAACAAAAAAUACAAAAAAUGACAUCCUUUUAGUUUCUGUCAGUAUUCAACAAAGUUUUCUCAUUUUCUCAUCUCAACUCUAAUUUUUCUUUUCAUAAAGAAAAUGAUGGUCGAAUGAAAAAUUCGCAAUUUAGAUAUUGACUCUCAUUACGCAAUUAUCGAUUGUUCUAAUUUCAAUUAUAACAGAUCUACUGCAAAUUGGUUUAAAUUGUCAUUGUUCAAGAAACCAUCAAUCGGCGAAGAACAAAGUUACUAAUUAGAAAGGUGUAAUCAAUAAAUAAAUGAAAUUGAGAAAAAUAUAAGGUAUAGAAGACGCCAAACGCGUGUGGGAGGGUCGCCAUUUAUUAAAAUAGCUUUGGUUCAUCUUUGACAUUUUGUGAUAACUCAAGCCGGUUCACUUAUGUGUAUGGGUGUGUCAAAUAAGUCUCGAAAUUUAUCUCUAACGUAGGAUGCAUACCCUGCUUGAAUGAAUCAAUUAGCGCGCGCGCGUGGUAAAACAAACAAUUUUUUUUUUCCAUGUUAGGCCAUGUCUACACAAUACCUGAUAGCUUUUCGGGCCGAUAUGAAAAGCUGUCCUGUACAGUAUGAACUGCAAGGGCUCAAAACUGGAAAAAUUCGUUCACACACAUCGAAUAUUGAGAGUUUGGUGCGCUAAAUCCCAAUAGCCACUUCUAAAUAUAUACUUCUGUCUCAAUGGGUUCCAGUCCUCGCUCCAACUCAUUUACUUCCGCUAUGGUCCGAAUGUCUGUUCGCACUGAGAGAAAGGCUAUUCGAUAUGUGACUCUCAAUUUCAAGAUCGGCGCGGCGCAGCUUCGCUCCGUUACAAAAAUCGCGCAGAAAUCUUACGUGUGAACGGAAGUUUUAUCCUGUAUGGUAUUGUAUCGGCACUAGAGCUAUCCGGUACAGCGAGAACAUAUCCCGAACUAGUGUGACUAUCAACAAUAGAAAAACAACCCAUACAAGGGGUGUGGUUAUUUUUCGCUAUGUUUAAACUGCUUGUAUAAUUCCCUUGGUCUUAUAGGGCAAAAAAGGAAGCACGACAGUCAACCCAACUCGUCCAAAAGGAGAAAGCUUUCGGGAGAAGAGAGUUCGAGUAAGCUUGAUCUAAUAGAAAUGCGAGCAAGAGCACGAAUAAAAGCUCGGAUCCGAGCACGAACGAAGAUAAAAGAAGCCGAUGAACGGCGCUUGGCUGCAUUGAGGGCGCUCAAGGAAAAUGGCUGGUCAGAUUUGAUGCCUUAUGAAGUGCUCUUAAGGAUCUUUCGUCUGGUUGUGAAGGACUCCGGUCCAGUACCUUUCUUAUGCAGGUAAAACGACACUGAAAUGACAUAAUUUAUAUGCGCGUUGGUUAUGAUUUUGAAUCGCGUUUUGCGACAGGAAAGAUUUAACAAUUUCUAUGAUUUUUUAUGAGUUUGCAAUAACCAUAGACUGUGUCAUUUGCGUUAAUUAUUUCACCUUUUGCAGGAUGUCUAGGGUUUGUCGGAACUGGAAACGAGUGGCGUCCGAAACAACGUUGUGGCGGGAGGUUAACUUGUCAACAAUGAGUGUUCAGAGUCCUAGAACAGCUACUGACUCAGCGAUUGGAAAGUUAGCUGCUUCGAGACUGAAAGUUGUUAAAGAGCUGAGUCUGGAUGGAUGGAGUGAAUUAACUGACGUAGGACUCAAGGUUAGAAAAAAAAUUCAAUUUUUUGACCCAACCCCUUUAAGUCGGAAAAUUUGGCGGGUUGCUUAGCGUAAUGGGUUAAUUAAUUUAAGGGAUUGAAAAGUUUAUAAGUUCAUAAUAAGUUUUGAUUGUAUUCUUCUUCUUGGAUAAUAGGACGGCAAAAUGCAAUGGUUUUAAACAUAAUUCUCCGAGUCGACUUGGAUUCUGUUAACCCCCGCAAAUGAAUUCCAAUUUCUCAGUAAAUGACCAACUAGACACACUUCACUUUCAGCUCCUUAGUUGGGUUUUGAACGAGCAGGCAUCAAAGAACGUCACGAGCGUCUUUGUGCUUUUAAAAAUCGUGCAUGUGUUUUAAGCUAAAUCAUUUCUAUUACAAUCAGUGGUGGAUCUAGGAGAGGGCCCGAGAACAUAAGCCAAUCAUUAGGGAACUUAACCAAAGGCGUUUUUGAGCGACAAACGUGAACCGGAAGUGGACUUUUUACAUUCCUGGGCAGUGGUUUUGCCAAACUUUUCAGUUGAAUCUUCUUUACUAGUGUAAAGAAACUAAGCAAUACAAAUUUUACAGCGUCAAGGUAAAUUAAAAGGGAAAAGUCCUCACUUUGCUCAAGCUCCCUAAACCAAUGGCAGGGCCCGCAUAGACUUUUAUAGACUGUGCUAGCAUAAUUUUUAGCAUAAUUUGAAAAAACUAGCACAAUUUUCCCCAUUUUUUAAAACGUAGCACUGCUAGCAUAAUUCGCAUAUUGAUUCCCAAAUCCCAAUUAUAUGCUGACGUUGUUCGAUAUUUUAGCGGUAUUUGCAGUUUACUGAGCCCCGAAAUGGGGUACUGGAACUAGGGUGUACGGGAAUCGGAAGUCCCACGGCAAACCGUGUCGGUCUCACUACCUCUCAUGGGCAAGGCUACAAAAUGGCGUCAACUAUGCCAGCCGAUUCGAGCGAAAACUUACAGCUCUCUCGGAGAAAUGACGGGCCAGAACAAGCCACAAUUGCCAGAGACCGUUAUAUCUUAUAGCUAACAAGAAUAAACGGCUUCUGAUUAAAGAAAAUGUAUUUUUGGACUUAUUUACCAUGGUUUUUGAGGAGUACAAUUUAAAAGAAGUAGCAUAAUUUGCCCAAAAAAAGAGCAGACUAAUGGCACAAUAUGCUACUUUUACUAGCACAAUCUUUAAAAGCCUUGGCCGCCCACAGGGCUGAGCCACGAAGGAGACGUCUAUGUUCGAGAGAAAACCCUUCUACCCCAGGCCAGGGUCGUAAUCCACCUGGAUCUAUUUUUACACGGCGUUGUCAAAGCUCACAACCUUUGACUGCGUGAUUUCGUACUUCGAAGCAACACCAUGCAGGGUAUGGAUAUGGCUCAAAUUAAGAAGCUUACCGCCUAUUUAUUUAUUUGUUUAUUUCGUUUCAUCAGGCUAUAGGUAAAAACUGCCGCCAUCUUCAGUCCGUCGUCUUGUCUCAGUGUGGGAGUGUGUCGUCAAAAGGCAUCGCUUCACUUGCUACAAAGUGCCGACAGCUCAAGAGGAUAGACGUCGCCAUGACAAAGGUGAAUGAUAACCACGUUGUUUAAUCUCUCUAGCUUAUGUCACUGGCAAGUUCAAGAUUCUUUACUGUUGUUAUCAUUCUUCCGUUCCUAUGCGUUGUCCCGGGCAAAGAGAAGGUGUUUGAAAUCGUAUGAACUGGUAAAAAAUUACCCCGGGGACUGGAAAUCGAUAAAAUGCAAGUUCUUAACUGGACUAAAAAAGGAACAUACUCCUUCUGGUUGGCGGCCCACCCACCUAUUGACCUAAUCCAACUAAUAAAUAAAAAUACAACUCUUCAAUACUUGUCGUUGUUUUAUUUCGGUUGUCGCUUUUAUUUUUAUUGUUUUGCUUUUCGCAUUUUAUUGCUGAUAUAGAUUUAACUUGGCAUAAUUUAGCUAGCGUACUGACAUCUAGACAACUGUCUUUGAAAAUGUUUUCUGACUGAAGAUAUGAAAUUGCUUAAUUUUUGGUUGUUGUUUUUUUUCUAACGCGAUUUGCAGAUAGAUAUUUCAUGCCUCCACCGUGUAACCAGGAGGCUUGGUGGCCAGUUGGAAGAGCUCUGCUUAAUGAACUGCUCUCGUUUGGGUGGGGAACAAGUGCUUCCUAUAAUCCAAGUUUGUAUCAUUGGUUAUAGUUAUAUUUAUUUUCUAACAGCAGCCCAUUGACCAGAACCUUUAUUUACGAUGUAAUUGUGCCACGUUUUUCGCGCAGACAGCGUUUUUGUUUUUGGAGUUAUUUUGCUACUAGAGCGAUUUUCUUAUGACCUUGAAAACCGGUUUCGGUAAGUGUUCUUUAUUUGUUUUAUCAGCCAAUGGAUGAAAAGAUCAAAACAUGGACACUUCGCUUUCCCGCCAAAGAAAACCCUAAUAUGGAGAAGGCAUUGUUCGAUCGGCCAAUCGUGUUGCAGUAUGACGUCAAAGCGAAGUAUCGAUUGAUUUCUAGAAAGUUCUCUGGCAUGAAGUUUUUUCAACCGAGCGUUCGCUUUAAAACAAAACAAAAGCUACGCACGUUUGUAUCCGUUUGAUAAACCAAUCAAAUCGCUAUAUUUCAGUUCUUUUGUUGUUUCUGUUUUGUUCGCGCGUUUUCAUUUUAAGGUCAUUCGAAAAUCGCUCUAUUUUAGCGCAUCACAUAGUGUCAAACAAACUAAUUGUUUCAGUCGGUGCUGUGGUAGGGUGCAAUCACAAAAUGACGUAAUACAAAAGAUUGAAAUGACACUAAACAAUAUCCACACCACAACACAGAGCCAAACGAACAAUGGUUUCCGCAACAUCAAGAAACCACCAACUAACCUCUCAGAAAAAAUACAGACCUGAAAACCUCCUCCUUCCGACGUUUAGAUGGUACACGUCAUACUUCCUAUUCGCCCGCAUAGCAAAAUUAAGGGUCUAUAUUUGCUGGAAAUGAUAUUCUCUAAAGCCUGUCCAGCCUGUCUUGAACAGUGGAAACGUUGUGAUAAAGACCUAUCAUGGAGAUUAAAAGAAAUGAGUACACUCCUCUUCCAUCAAUGGGGCAAAAUUUUCAAAUUCAGCAGGUGAAGCCAGCUGUCGACCGAGUUUAUUUUCGGUUUCCUGAUUUUCCUUGUAACGAGGGAUUUUCUCUGGCGCUUUAAUUAUUUUACCCUCUCCUGCCUCGUAAACCAAACAUUGACCCGAACAGGCGAGCAAUUGCUACACGUGUUCUUUAUAAUAGAGAGAAGAAGUGUGACUUCAAGUUACCGUGGUACCAAAAUGUCUGCAUCUCAACAAUCCUUCUUGACAGAGAUUUAAGAACGGAAUAACCAUAAACUCAUACCACAAUCGUUUUUCUCUGCAGAACCGUUGUCCAAAGCUGACCGUUCUUGACCUAACGGGUACUAACAUAAGAAAGCUGAAUGUGGAAAAACUGCAGGUACAAAUUUCACUUCUCAAACGAUUCUGUUUGGUUCACCUCACAAAAAAGGGUUUCUUAAAACGUUUCUUAAAAGUAAAUUGUUCUUUAUUGCAGGCUGGCUGUCCAAGGCUUAAAGAACUCUUCCUCGCCAACUUAUUACUUCACUCCACGCCUACAAGCGCCGAAGUGGUAUGUAAUAAGCUGAAUGUUAUGAUGACUAACGAAAAUGAGUUCAACAUUUGAUCUAACUCAUCGAAAGAGGUAUUACACCAUCAGGCAAUUUUGAUUGAAGUUGCGUGAAAAAUUAUAAACAAAUUUUCGGCUACUUGUUUAACAACCCCUCUCGUGCUAUUAGCCAAGUAGUCUGCCCGUGACAUGCAUCAACGUGACAUGUACAUGCGCCGUUAGUAGUAUAGCAAGGACUUUUUACCUCUUUUUUGAGCUAGAAUCUCAAAUUGAUGUGGAAUAUAUUAACGUUGACGACCAUAUAGAUGAAAGGCAUUGGAAUCUUAUUGAGCCAUUUUCUUCUUUAUACGUUGUGUUUCUAAUAUUGGAAAUACGAAAGGACUUAGACCAAGGGUUCUGAUGCGCCUUCACUUCGGAAUUACCACUUAGUAAUUAUUAUUUGUUAGUACAAAGCAACUCAGCAGGCUGAAUGAUCAUUUUAAUGUUCUUACACAUCACGAAAACUUAAGGGAUACACAAAAACAAAAUCAAUCUGCUAUAAAUAGAAAAUUUUUACCUCUGGUGAAUUCAAUGAAAACCAUUUUUUCUUCAGGAACAGAAUGGUUUCCCACAAUUGGAAACUCUUUGUUUGGCCUGUGGAACUUUUGCAGGAGUUCCUAGAAUCGACCAGUUCUUGCACAGGUUUGUGAACAGUAAAAGUAAGAUUUCUACAGCUCUUAAUUUAGGGCGAGCCUGUACCAUAAAUUAAGUUUUCUUCAGGAUUUUCACAAUGUUUUUAUUUUUUUUUAUUGACUUCGUUUCCUCGGCUAUAGUGCCAACCAGCCAACCAAACCCUAAGCACCUGACAGAGCUAUUAACUGUUGGACUUCUGAUAACUUAUUCCGCCAGUUUUACCGUAAUAUUCAAACUUAGAGUGAUUUGACAUGACCCCUGAAACAGAUGCUAACAUCUACUGCAAAAUAGCCACUUGUAAACAAAAGAAGACACUGUAAUUAGUGCAUAAUAUUUCGUAUUUAUUCUACUACUGAUUUUACGGGUUAAGUAAACCCACUCUAAACAGGAGUGAAAUACGGGUACGAGAUUAUUUCAGUACAUUCGUACAGAAGAACUCUCGCUUUAGCCUGUGCAAAGCCGCCCCCUCUCCUCCCCUCAACAAAAAUGGGUAGAGUUUGAAGCGAGGAGGCGUACACAGGCUGCUCGCCCGUUUCCAGUACUCUAUCUUCAUUCAAAAAUGGAAAUUCUCUACCGCUUAUUUUAAAAGUUGAAAUGUUUUCCUAAGUUUUCCAGAAAGCACAAAGCCAAGUAAGUAAGCUAUGGCAAGGAAAAUAAUCUCUAUCUACGCAAUAACGGCGAUAUCUUGCUUUCUUGCCAAGAAUACUAUGUUGAUCAAUGUUCUGUUAAAUGUUUACGAUAUUUACUUAUCAUAACACAUUGCUGUUCGCCUUUUGGUGUUUUGUGUGAUAAGCACGCAGGCAUGCAUGACUGCAAUGGGUAGAAUUUCCAAACUUCCUUAGACAAGGUAUAAACUUACUUAUAUCAGGUAAAUAUUUAUUCGACCAUUUUUUACUUCGUAGAAUCUUAAGAACGUCAACCAAUCUAAAGAAGCUGGACGUAAGAGGACUUCAAAGAAUCUCACCUGAGGGUUUACAGGUGCAUUGUAUGACAAACUUGCUUUGGUAUAAUUAUGAAACAAAAUAGUUAUAAAUUAUUUUGAUUAUCAUUUUUAUCACCAUCAAAUGUCAUUGCCAAAAUUACAAUAAAUUUCAUUAUAAGUAACACCCGCAUCGGUAAACGUCUAUAUAUUUAGCUUUCACAUCAUCAUCAUCAUCAUCAUCAUCAUCAUCAUUAUCACUACCAUCAUUACGAUCUCCACAACCAUCACCAUUAUCCCAAUUAUCAUCAUAAUUAGAGACCUUAAGGUAAACCGUCCCGUAUAGGUCUACGAGUAAGUUACCCGCAACUCUAGCCGUAAACACGGGUAGAUUGCCUCUUAUCUCGGAUAAACGGGUAGGCUGCCAGGUAGAACGGAGGUACCGUCUUACAUCUGGGAAAUCAUGGUUUUCUUUGACAUAACUACGUGGCAUGUAUGCUCGCCUAGCCGUACCUGUGGGCAGUGUCUUAAGGUCCCUUCAUCCUUUGUAAUUAUCAUACAGCAGCACCGCCUUCAUCAAUGCAAUCACCAUAACCAUCAGUUAUCAUUAUCAUUAGCCUACCCCUUUUUUGGAUCACUAACGGACUCAACAAAUUAUCGGAAGUGCGUUUCGACUUCCAUUCAACCUGAUUAGCAAAUCGACAAUGGCUUUUUUAACAGGCCAGUCGUGGCGCGUACUCAAAUCCUUGUACACAGGUGGGGGCCCAGACCAAGGAUUUUGGCGCUGUUUCGCAGACGGACUUAACAAUAGUUUUGUUUCUUCUGUGACGCAGGCUACAUCAUCUUCCUCAUAAUCAUCCGUCAUCACCAUCGUCGUCAUCAACGUCACCAUUGCGAUAGAAAUUAUUACCUCCCUCAUCAGCAACUCCCGAUCCACCACUACCAUCACGAUUACCUUUAUCAUUCCAUCGUUGUGUUUGUUUUACUACUAUGUUACUUAUGUUUUUCCAGAGAUUGCCAGUGACUUCCCUGGAGGAGCUGCUGUUUACAGACACACACACAAACCUCGCUGUGAUGUCUGCUAUCAUUGAAUUGGUAAAACGAUCAAUAAAAGCGCUUAAACAGUUUGAACUGUAUUUCAGUAGCUGGAGAUUUACGUUUUCUACUGUAAGUCGUGGCGCUUCCAUUGAAAAUGUGGUGCUCUUUUCUUCCUUUUUUUUUUCAGUGGCACCACAGUUUAGAGAUACUAGAUGUUUCCUCCAACAGUGGUAUUAAUGACAAUUCCAUGGAACUGCUGAGGACCUUUGGAAUGCCAAAGCUACAGAGUUUGAACCUCGCUAGCACCAAUAUCGCUGGUGAUGGAGUAAGGUAAGAAGUAGAAGGCGAGGUCUGAGCAUAACCCAUUCCUAGGGUUCUCUUUUACUCGCCCCCCAGAACGAGAGAAGGGACGGGUAGGAGAGAACACUAGGAACGAGGUUGGUUUCGGCAAUGAAAGUUUUCCCUUAAAGUACCGUCCGCCAUAUUGCUGUUCUAAAACUGUCAAUGAAACGACGGCCAUAUUGGCGAUCCAUACCUAUCCGGUUGGAAUUGAAACUUUUCCUUACGUAAAAACUUUCUUUUGUUCCAAUAAACUUGUGUAACUGCUUGCGACGUGAGUGAAAACGCUCCAAAUGAAAAUAAAACUCAGUGGUUCUUUUUUGGGGGGUUUCUCCGAAUCGUUGAUACAUCCUCUACGACGAUUAUCACAGGUUUUCAAAAAGCAGGUCGAUGUCUUUUAAAACUAAGUAAGGUUUCAUGCAGUACUCUAGGAUUACAAAAGUAUGAACGACACUCCGCAAUUACAACGGCUACGCAAAAAUAACGUUUAAAUGAACUCAGAUGUUUUCUUUGUCAUUCGCUCUCCCUCUUUAGGAAAGCUUUGACUGGCUGUCCAAAGUUAAAGAAAAUAAAUUUAACGUCAUGUCGUGGAGUUCCUCGAGGACUGAAACAGUGGCACGAUGAAAGCAAACUGAGGAACUUGAUUACAGCGCUAGGAGAGAUGGAGUCUUGA